AUGUGUCCAAAUUCUGCUAAAGAAGCAAAAACUGCCUAUAUUUUUUCAGCAAAUUCUGCUUUACAAAAAUUAUUUAAACAGAAAACAACAUUUUCACGUUUCUUACGUGGUUUGAAGACAUCACAUCGAAAAGAAAAACAUGGUGGAAGUUCCCCUCGACAUGGUCGGGCCACACGAGGAAUCCCCCAGCGGGUAGAUACACCUGACAGUGUCUUGCAAGCUGGUGGUGGAGGUUCAACAUUUGGACAUGAUUUAGGCCAACAUACAAUACUUCGAUCAAUGGUUGAUCCAAGAGACUAUGAUCGUCUUAGAUAUUUUCAAAUGAAUGGUGGUGCAUCGAAUAGUUUCGAAGAGACGAUACAUCGUCUUAAAGUUCAAGAAGCUUUAAAGAAAAAGGAAAAAUUUAAUCGCGAGCAUGAAGAGAUUUUGCGAGAUAUUCGUCAAGGACUUCUACAGUUUGGAAAAGAAGGUGUUCGUGGACCAUUAUCAGGAGAUGAUACUUACAUGUAUGAUGAAGAUGUUAGAGUAUUGGCACCAGGUGGUACUGAUCGAGGUCAUUGGUACGAUGAACCACCAUACGAGAGUGAUCCUGAAGACUUUUUAAUGGGUGCCAAUGCACCAGGUGUGCCAACUGCUACGAUUCAAAAUGGUCGAGUAUGUUUUACAUUGAAUUUGCGACAGGAACAGCGUGGAGAAGGUAUUAUUUCAUUACCGAGUGCUGGUGAUAUUUCGUUACCAAGGGAUACACCAAGUAACGGAACUCCUAGAAGAGGCUUAAUUUUACCACCAUCUGGACCGUAUCCAACUACGAUCAUUCCAUUGAGAUCAGCAAGAGAUAGAGAAAGUGGAGACUACGCAGGUUCAGAUGUUCAGAGUGUUAGUUCAAGGUUAUCAACGAUAUCGGUAGAAACGAGUCGAUCAGAGCAACAAGAUGCGAUAUCGCCACAAUACGUAACACAUAAUAAUGCAGGUGGUAAAGGACGACCGUUUCGUAAGAUGUUAGGAUAUACACCUCGGAGUGAAGAUGGUUUAUCACCCAGCCAUAGUUCUGAUUACGAGGAUCAAGAAGAAUUUGAUAAUAUUUCACAACAAAUAGCUACUGUUCAUAUGUCUAAUGAUGGCAGAGUAGCAGGCGUGGCAGGGUUAGUUGGACGAGUUAGAGGUCUUCGACAAGAUGUUCAACGGAAAAUCACUCGAUUGCGCAAUGAAAAUACGGAACAGCAGAGGCGAAAUGAACAAGCAUUUGCAUGUUCGGCAAGUUCAGUUGAAAGUCUUCCUAGUGGAUCUGGGUCAAGUACACAAGCUUUGGUUCGCGCAGGUAGCAAUCAUAGUUCAAUUUCAGCUGAAGAUCGAGAAUCUAGUCCAACACACUUAGACCAAAUUGUUGGCAGAGCUCGUGCAUUGGUCGACUAUACGCCAAGUCCGUAUGAUAAGGAAGGUUUAAGAUUUAAGAAGGGAGACAUAAUAGAUAUAUUAUCAAUGAACGCUACUGGAUUAUGGAAGGCGAUCAGUUAG